CCAGGACCGCUACGCGUACCGCGACGUCAUGACGGACGUGAUCAUCCAGCACCUGGUCACCGAGCAGAAGGUCCGCAUCCGGUGCAAGGACUACGUGAAGAAGAUCGCCGUCUACCGCGACCGCCUGGCUGUGCAGCUGCCCGACAAGGUGCUUAUCUACGAGGUCUCUCACGACGACCCUGUGGAGAUAUGCACUACAAGAACAUCGAGAAAAUCAAGCAGAAGUUUGUUUGCUCUUUGCUUGUCGUCACGACCUGUCACAUCAUCCUGUGCCAGGAGCCAUGGCGGCAGGCGGACUGUGUAUGCGAGGCG